AUGGCAGGUCAAUUAAUAGAUGGUAAGGCCACAGCCAAAGUAAUCCGUGAAGAAAUCUCGCAAGAAAUCACCUCACUAAAGGAACAAAUCCCAACUUUCAAACCAAACCUAGCCAUCAUCCAGGUCGGAACCAGACCUGAUUCUGCCACAUAUGUCCGUAUGAAAUGUAAAGCCGCCGAAGAAGCUGGUAUUAUUGCCAACUUCAUUCAUUUGGAAGAAUCCAUCACUGAACAUGAACUAUAUAAGCAUGUCGUGAAGUUAAAUGAAGAUCCUGAAACUCAUGGGAUCAUCGUUCAAUUACCUUUACCAUCGCAUAUCAAUGAGGAUCGUAUUACAUCAGCGGUACUUUCUUCCAAGGAUGUGGAUGGGUUCGGUCCAAUGAAUAUCGGAGAAUUGAAUAAGAAGAAUGGGAACCCUGAUUUCUUACCUUGUACUCCUAAGGGUGUCAUUGAAUUAUUGAAAAGGUUUAACGUUACCAUUGCAGGUUCGAAAUCAGUCGUCGUUGGGAGAUCUGAUAUUGUCGGUUCUCCUGUGGCUGAAUUGUUGAAAUCUUUGGAUUCAACGGUGACUAUUACUCAUUCUAAGACGAAGGAUAUCCCUUCUUAUUUGAAGGAUGCUGAUAUUGUUGUUGUGGCUAUUGGUAGACCUGAAUUCGUUAAAGGUGAAUGGUUUAAAGAUAAUAAAAAAGGUUGUGUAGUUAUCGAUGUUGGUACUAAUUAUGUCGAGGAUUCCACUAAGAAAUCUGGUUUCAAAUGUGUUGGUGACGUGGAAUUCAAUGAAGCUUUAAAAUAUGUUAAGUUGAUUACCCCGGUCCCAGGUGGCGUGGGUCCAAUGACAGUAGCUAUGUUAAUGCAAAACACUUUGAUUGCAGCUAAACGUGAAUUAGCUAACAAUGGUAAAUUAACGAAUUUCGAACCAUUGAAAUUAAAUCUAUUGAAACCAGUUCCAGCUGAUUUUGAAAUCUCAAGAGCUCAAACUCCAAAGGAAAUUACUCAAGUAGCAUUAGAAUCUGGUAUCUUACCAUCUGAAUUUGAACCAUAUGGUUCCACAAAGGGUAAAGUCUCAUUAGAUGUCUUAGAUCGUUUACAAGAUAGGGAAAAUGGUAAAUAUAUUCUUGUUACGGGUAUUACACCAACUCCUUUAGGUGAAGGUAAAUCUACCACCACUGUUGGGUUAGCUCAAGCAUUUGGAGCACAUUUAAACAAGACUGUUUUCGCUAAUGUUCGUCAACCAAGUAUGGGUCCUUCAUUUGGUAUCAAAGGUGGUGCAGCAGGAGGUGGUUAUUCACAGGUUAUUCCAAUGGAUGAUUUCAAUUUACAUGUCACUGGUGAUAUCCAUGCUAUUUCCAUUGCGAAUAAUUUAUUGGCUGCUGCAAUUGAUACAAGAAUGUUCCAUGAAUCUACUCAAAAGGAUGGUCCAUUAUAUAAGAGAUUAGUCCCAGCAAAGAAGGGCGUCAGAGCGUUCACUCCAUCAAUGUUAAGAAGAUUAAAGAAGUUAGGUAUUGACAAGACUAACCCAGAUGAUUUAACUGAAGAAGAAAUUACUAGAUUUGCACGUCUUGAUAUUGAUCCAGAAACCAUCACUUGGAGAAGAGUUGUUGACUGUAAUGAUAGAAUGUUGAGAGGUAUUACUAUUGGUGAAGCUCCAACUGAACGUGGGUUCACUAGACAUACAGGAUUUGAUAUUUCUGUUGCUUCGGAAUGUAUGGCUAUUCUUGCCUUGACUAAUUCCUUGGCUGAUAUGAGAGAAAGAUUAGGUAAGAUUGUUAUUGGUGCAUCCAAAGCAGGUGAACCAAUUACUUGUGAAGAUAUCGGUUGUGCUGGUGCCAUGACUGCUUUAUUGAAAGAUGCAAUUAAACCAAAUAUUAUGCAAACUUUAGAAGGUACUCCUGUUUUUGUCCAUGCAGGUCCAUUUGCCAAUAUUUCUAUUGGUGCAUCAUCUGUUCUUGCUGAUAAGAUGGCUUUGAAAUUGGCUGGUGUGGAACCAACUUUAACUGAAAGUUUGAAGAAGGAAAGAGUAGGGUAUGUGAUAACUGAAGCGGGGUUUGAUUUCACAAUGGGUGGUGAAAGAUUUAUUAAUAUCAAGUGUCGUUCCUCAGGAUUAGUGCCAGACGUUGUUGUCAUUGUGGCUACUGUGAGAGCUUUGAAAGUUCACGGAGGUGGUGCUGAAGUUAAAGCCGGUGCUCCAUUGCCUGCUGAAUAUUUAACGGAAAAUGUUGAUAUGUUAAGAAAGGGUUGUGCUAAUUUGGCUAAACAUAUCUCUAACGCAAGACAAUAUAAUUUACCCGUUAUUGUCGCUAUUAAUAAAAUGUCCACGGAUACUGCAGCGGAACACCAGGUUAUUAAGGAAGAAUCCUUAAAGGCAGGUGCAUAUGAUGCUAUUGUUUCCAACCAUUGGGAAGAAGGUGGGUUAGGUGCUGUUGAUUUAGCUAAUGGUAUUAUUGAAGCUACACAAAAGACCAACAAUGACGAUUUCCAAUUCUUGUAUAAAACUGAGGGACAAACUGUGGAAGAAAGAAUUGAAACAAUUGCUCAAGAAAUGUAUGGUGCUAAAGAUGUUGAAUUUUUACCAGAAGCACAAAAGAAGAUUGAAUUAUACACUAAGCAAGGUUUUGGUAAUUUACCUAUCUGUAUUGCUAAGACACAAUACUCCUUAUCGCAUGAUGCUAAAUUAAAGGGUGUGCCAACUGGGUUUACUUUCCCGAUUAGAGAUGUUAGAGCAUCCAUUGGUGCAGGUUAUUUAUAUGCAUUGGCUGCUGAAAUCCAAACCAUUCCUGGCUUACCAACACAUUGUGGUUUCAUGAACAUUGAAGUUAAUGAUGAUGGUGAAAUUGAAGGUAUGUUUUAG